CAGACUGAGGCUCAGGGUGCCUCCAGCGCUUCAGACGAGCCUUUACAACAAACACACAGAGACAUUUCUGCUGUCGGGACAGCUACACCUGCUCUGCUGCUCAGAGAUCAUCCUUCUGUUUUGGGAAAAUGAAACUUCAAGUUUUCUCGGCGCACCACUUCGCGCAAAAGCCGCUGGAGUUGUGCAUGGACGCAGAUGGGAGAGUCCCGUCCCCUCUAUCCGGGGACGAGUUGGGGUCGGACGGGGACUGCGUGGCCAACAGCCCGGCACCUGUUACCCAGAUCAGCGAAGGCAGCAAAGCGAAGCCCUACACCCGCAGACCCAAACCACCUUACUCCUACAUCGCCCUCAUCGCCAUGGCCAUCCGGGAGUCCAGCAGCGGCCGCCUCACUCUGGCAGAGAUCAACGACUACCUGAUGAAUAAGUUCCCGUUUUUCCGCGGCACAUACACCGGCUGGAGGAACUCCGUGCGCCACAACCUGUCACUCAACGACUGCUUCCUCAAAGUGUUGCGGGACCCGUCCCGGCCAUGGGGCAAGGACAACUACUGGAUGCUCAACCCGCACAGCGAGUACACCUUCGCUGACGGCGUGUUCCGCCGCAGGAGGAAGCGCAUCGCCAAGCGGUCCACCAAGGAGCGGGAGAGCCCGGACAUCCUCAGCGAGGACACCCGCCUCCCCGCCCCGGAGGAGAGGGUGGGGGCCAAGUUCUCCAGCUCCUUCGCCAUCGACAGCAUCCUCAGCACACCCUUCAAACGGAGGGAGGAAAACCACGUCCAUGCAGAAACCCACGCCCCCCGGCUCUACUGGCCCCCAGGGGCCCAUAUACUGCCUUACACUCUGGGCUACCCGGCACAGCACACAUACCUGUCAGAGGGUGUGUACAGCAGCACAGAGCCCAGCAGGGAUGUGCUCAUGUACCUACAGCAGACCGCACCGGGCAUGGCCGCUCUCCACGCGCUCAAGAUGCCCAACAAGGCGCGAGGCUUCCAUAUAGACUCCUUGCUGUCAUAAAGCUCCCGGACUGUUGUCAGACUUGUAUGUUUUGACCCAUGAUGUGCACUUUUGUGGGCGCUCUUAUCUUUCAGUACUUUAGCUGCUAAACUGUUUGGGACUCUGUCUGUAAGUCAUUCUGCAGUGAAAAGAAAAGUCGAGCGUGGCAUCGUGUUGACAACUGUUUGGUGACUUGACAAAUAGUUGGGACAUUCCACUGUGUGUGUGUGUGUGUGUGUGUGUGUGUGUGUGUGUGUGUGUGUGUGUGUGUAUGUAUAUGUGUGUAUGUACGUAUGUGCAGUGUGUGUGUGUGUGUGUGUGUAGGUGUGUGUGCAUGAGUGUAUCCAUGGUUCAUUGGUCAUUUCCACUGUAUGACGGCAACUAAGCGCCAUGUUGAAACAUAAUUAAUCUAUUUAUAUUGUCAUGUUUUGUAUGACCUGCUGUAUAAAAUAUGCUUUUGUUUUGUGUGUGUGUGUGUGUGUGUGUAUAUAUAUAUAUAUAUGGCAAACAAAUUAUUGACUGAGCCACGGUGAGAAUCACGUGGCUGCACUAGAAACGCAUGGACAUGCCUGAUGUUUUCUUAAGAUUGAUUACUGUAUGCCUGGUAUUUUCAUGAAUAAAAACGUGAAACAAUGGGA